AUGCUGGCUAACAAUCGAUCAUCUCGAGUUCCCAAAUGUGCGAGAUGCAGAAAUCAUGGUAUGAUUUCAACGUUGCGAGGGCAUAAAAAACAGUGCGUUUAUAAAAAUUGUAAUUGUGCCAAGUGCGGACUUAUUAAGGAAAGGCAACGCAUCAUGGCUGCACAGGUUGCACUAAAAAGGCAGCAAGCGGCAGAGGACGCAAUUGCAUUGCACUUGGCUUCGGCCGAAAGCGGCACAACUUACGAAUAUUUGCCGCCCGGUCGCAUUUUCGGCAUGCAAGUAACGUCGCCCGAAACCGAACUUCUGGAAGAAGAGAAACCAGCGACCUCGCCUGAAGAUAACACCGCUACCGAUGAAGUCGUUGUCAGUUCCGCAUCGAUAGAGAUGCUCGGCAAACUGUUCCCGAACAAAAAACGAGCAGUCUUAGAAUUGGUUCUACGUAGAUGUAACCAUGAUCUCUUGAAAGCGAUCGAACAUUUUAACAUUAAUCACAACCAUACAAAACCGGAGCUGGAGCUUGAUGAUGUUAAAAAAGACGAGUAUAAUUCAGCAUUUAAACCUGUACAUACCGGUAUUAAGGCUGGGAAAGCAUUUGGAGGAAGUCACCAGAGUGGCAUGCCGCUGCUAACUGGUAGUAAAGUGUUUAUGCACAGCCUAUACCCAUUCUUGCCAUUUUUUAAUACUCAGCCAGUACUACCCAGUCCAGUAUACGUACCUGGAUUUUGUGAGUGUGAACAAUGUAAACAUGGUGUGUAUGCGAGGAUUGAGCCACGUUUGUAAACGGUAUUAAUUGGAAAGGGUGUCCAAUGCUUGUAGUUAGAUGUUAUAAAUCAAUAUGCGCUAUCUAUGCUUACAGUUUUCGAGAUGUUCUGCGUCACCAUUUUGCAUUGUUUUACAUUAUAUCUAUUGAUUUUCGGAUACCAAAAGAUGAUAAGAGAGUGGGUAUGGUAUAUUACCACCACUAACAAGUGAUGACGCAGGUGCAUUUACUGAUGUAUUCUUUGAUGUUACUAAAUUAGU